CAGCGAAGUUUCAUUCGGUCUGAAGAAGUCUCAUAAACUCCCCAGUUGAAGCACGUGUAAAUUCAAUGUUUAUUAUCGUAAUUUGAUCGUAUUUUCCACUCUCAUCUCAAGACUGACAUUCAUUAAUCAUAAAAUAUGGCAGAAAGAGUACAAAAACGGUGUGAAAACUCAGUGCAGCACUUGGAGCUGAUGGAGAAGAUCAAAUUGUUUGAUGCACGUGAAAUCAGGGGAAUCAUUAAAAAACGAAAGGAUUAUGAAUACAAACUCUCGAGGACAAUAAAAAGUAAAGAGGAUUUUUUACGGUAUAUUCAGUAUGAAAUGGAUCUUUUGAAACUCUUGAGACAACGAAGAAAUAAAUUCGGAAUAACUCAGAAAAAACGCGAUAUUGAUUAUGGAAUCGUCAACAGAGUGAUGAAUUUGUAUAAAGAGGCUCUAGAGAGAUUCAAAGAUGAUCUCAGAUUUUACGUAGCUUACAUGAAGUUUUGUAAACAAGUUGGGUACAAUGAUGUAGUCAGUCGAACACUAACGGAAAUGCUUCAAAUUCACGGGGACAAACCAAAGUGCCAUCAUAUUGCUGGCAAAUGGGAGCUUGAGGAGAGAAAGAACAUCAAUAAUGCACGAACUUAUUUCAUAAAUGGUAUUAAUCAUCACCAGGAAUCACAAUUGCUUUACACCGAUGCACUUCAAUUAGAACUAGAUCAAGCAGACGAAGCAGCUAAAAAAUUAGAGGAAUCGCCUGAAACAUCCGCGGAAAAGUCCGAAGAAAUGCCCCUGGGUAUAAAAAGAGCUCUAAUAAUCUACAAAAUGGCCUUCAAAAAAGUUAAAGACGUCUCAUUCAUAAUCAAUCUUUUGAACCUCUGCAAACAUCACAAAAAUACAAAAAAACUGGAGAAUGAAAUAAUCUCAGAUCUCACGCAAGAGUAUUCCAACAAGCCCCAGAUGUGGGAGACGAUGGCACGACGAGAAUUAGAAGGGCUCUCUUACGAUCCACAGGAAGAGGACUCGAUGGAAAUUGAAACCCAAGAGGAUCAGAACUCUCUACGAGAUCGAAUAACUAAUUGCAACGAGGUUUACCAAGCUGCAGUUAAAAAAUUGAAAUCAGAGACAAUGUGGUCGCUCUACAUAGAUUGUCUGCUCGAGAUUAAUCAAGAUUUAUCACAUCUUCCUAAUUAUAAACGGAAGCUACUGAAGAACGCCUUGAUUCAAGCUCACCAAGCCAAAAAAUUGGAAGAAAAAUAUUAUCUCUACUGGAUUGACAUGUUGACAACUGAUAAAAAAGACGAAGCAUCUGAAAACAAAUUAUACCAGGUCUUGUGUUAUGGGACAGACGCUAUUCCUACGAGUGUAAAUCUAUGGAAGAUGAAGAUAAAACACUUGAUAAACUCAGGAAAAGAUUCUCUCGUCAUCGAAGAGUUUGCUAAAGCUUCGAAAUUACUAGGUGGAAAGGCCCUGCCCCUUUGGCGAAUGAAAUUACUCUACUUUCAGGCCAAACAUUCUGAGAAAGUCCAAGAUAUUUUUGCUGAAGCUAUGAAAAGUGACGGGGAAAUAGCCAAGGAAAUGAAGCCAUUGUAUAUUGAAUGGUUGGUUUUAACCAAAGGAAUUCAAGCAGCUAGACAAAAAUACAACGAGCUCGCUAUUCAACCUCCCACGUGUUUAGAGCUACAUAAGAAGAUGGCAGAGCUGGAGAUGAUCCAGCCGAAAAUCUGCAAAUCCAGUGCAAGAAGACCUCAUGAACUAGCUACCCUGCAUUAUGGAAAAUCUAACACUCAAGUGUGGAUUGAUUUUAUUCUAUUCGAAAUGAAACAUGGAGAGCCAAUGAGAGUCACGGAUAUUCACAAAAGAGCCAUCAAAACAUUACAGCCAGCAUUAACAGAUGUUUUUAUCACGGAGUAUAGUCUUAUCAAAGCUAAUCCAGACACAAUUGUAUAAUAAAAUGGAACUGGUGGGUUGGA